CCAGGAGUCGCCUGUACGUCAUCGUGACCCCACAUUCUUGAAGUACUUUGACCAAUAGCGUUUCUUCGGAAUCGUCUCACCCGACGCUUCAUCAAGUCUGGCUACGCCCUGUUGCCUACGUUGAUAUGAGUCCUACAUCACCCCAGAACGUGGUUGACACCACGAUUGCGGGUCUUCUCCGCAUCAAAGAAAAGUCACUGUCCCUUUGUUGGUGAUGAACACCAGUAAUUCUGCCCCAACCAAGCCAGGACAUCACAGCGUCCUUCAUCAUGACAGGCGUCAUGCUCUUCUGCAUCGCCAACGAAGCAAAGCCCUUCGUCCACAAAGCCACUCACAACAUGCCCGACAACUUCUCCCCCUUCUACAUCGCCACAUCCAAAGCCAGCCCCAAGCAACGCACCGACUACAAGAAAAAGCCAGACAGCCCCGACUUCCCAUGCGAGUUCACUUCCACUGCUGAAUGCAAAGACUGGCUAUUGCACAACCAAUACAGCGUAAACUUCAUCAAUCAGAACAUCAUGUUCGUCGCCGAUGCACGUAGUGCCAAGGAUGAAACUCUACUGGCUUACACGUAUUGUGAGAGGACUAUGCGCUUGGGCCCGAAUGAUGAAUGGGUGCUUCCGCCAAUGGCGCAGACGUGGUAUGAAUGGCGGAUUAGGUAUCGAGAUGCUUUGAUGUUUCAGGUUCAUCUGCAAGACGGGGAAUUGAAUGAGACGUGGUCGUUGUUUUAUUUGCGGGCGGAAGAGACUACGGAUGAGGACGGGGUCAUCGAUAUGGAUAAAGCUACGAAGAUAGUAUCUGGGGAAGAGGUGUAGGCAGGAAGCUGGAGCGUUUUGCUGUAUGUGUAAGACUUGUAUGCUAUCGCGACAACUGUAGUUUUCAUGGAUGAUCUCACAGAAUUCGCUUGGAUUAUGGUGUCUAAAGUCGCCAAUGCGGUCAGCGAGGUGGUCAUACGGCAAGCGUAUACGAAGCGGACCAACGGCGCGAUCGCACUAAAGUAUGACGGCGUAGGACUUACUCCGCAAACUCUAUAUUCGUCAUCCCUUCAUUUCAAACUCUCCGCGUUCAUGUUACUCCGGGGUGCGAUGAUCACUCCUACUAGGUCUACUUAGUCCAGCUCUAGGUCGCGCUACAAUCGACAAAAAUGACGCCAAUAGCCCAAUGGCUACCCAAGUAUCGACCGUGUAUGGAAUGCCUUGGGCGAUGAUGAGAGUUGAAUUGAGCUGAAGCGCUGUUUGUCGUUCC